CGCUUGUACUUUCUGACAUUGUGGCGCAGUGAAGGAAUCUGAGAGGAUCUCGGAGCAUUGACCGCCGCCAUCAUGUUCCGCACUAUGAUCACCCACGCCAGGAAGCACCCCAGUUUGAUUCCUCUAUUUGUGUUUGUCGGCUUUGGGGGUGUUGGCUCAAUCCUGUAUGCACUGCGGGUCACCACUCGUAGCCCUGAAGUCAGCUGGGACAGGAAGAAUAACCCCGACCCCUGGAUGAGCAAGAGCCCCAACUACCAGUAUAAGUUCUACAAUGAAACCAUCGAUUACAAGAAGCUGAAGAAGGAAGGACCCGAUUUCUAAGCGUGUUAUCCCUCGCACAGACGCCGCCUCUGCUGGAAUUUUAUUUUUUACAGUUUAAAUCGAUCCCGCAGUGCUACUUCAUUCCUUCUAUUUAAUAAUUCAAUAAGUUGUGUUUAUUGAGUUACCCCAGCUCUGCCUGUUUGUUAAUGCUCAUCAGCUGGGCCUAAUGCAAUUAAACUAGCGUAAACCUUGUAUCAUGAGUGACUCUCUGCAGAUCUGAGACUCCCGAGUAAUUGACUAAUUAAUUAAUGCUAAUUGUAAUUAAGAGUGACCUGUGCUGCUUUUCCAAUCGUUCAGACGGGCUCUGUGUCAUUGAUUCAGGGGAAAAAACUGAAUUAAAUAGAAAUAUUUAACGUUUGGGUAA